AUGACUACAAUAGAGCCCGGAAACCACAAGGCCGCUAUGCAACGGGCCUUGGGCCUGGCCAACAAUUCUCCUCCUAAGCCAACCAAUUUCCGCGUGGGGGCUCUAAUUGUGCGUCUUAGCGACAACGCCAUUAUCGCCGAAGGAUACACUCUUGAAUUGCCUGGAAACACGCAUGCGGAAGAAACAUGCCUCAUGAAGUUGGCUGAGCAGCACGGGACAACAGAGGAGAAACUCUCAGAAGUGUUUGACAGCCCUCAUGCUCUUUACACCACCGUUGAGCCAUGUUUCAAGCGCCUGAGUGGCAAGCUACCCUGUGUCGAGAGAGUACUGCGCCAAAAAUCAUGGAUCACCCAGGUCUACGUUGGCGUUCAGGAGCCCGAGACUUUCGUGGGGGAGAAUACGGGUCGCAAGACGCUGGAGGAUGCAGGUAUUGAGAUCCAUCACGUCUCAGGUUUGGAGGAGGAGAUUCUUAAGGUCGCGACCGCGGGGCAUGUAAAAGAAUGA